GACAGCUAACGUUUGCUCACUGUUUUCAUUGAUAGUGUCAAACUAGCUAGCUACCCCACCGCUUUCUGGUGGUAGCUGAGGUUAACUCAGUUAUGGAAUUCUGUCAAUGUAUACAAUGUUAAGUGAUGCCAGGCUUGAUGAGCUGUCUUCAUCCAUGAAUCAACCACGAGCUGUUAUUUUGUGUUGCGAGUUGGAUCCUCACAGUCGAUUUUUCGGGUAGCUAGCUAGCCAGCUACCCGGCUAACAUUUAAUGAAGGUGGCUGGCUACUUGCAGCAAUUGAUUUUGGGUGGACUAGCAGGCUACCUGAGGACGGGAAAAUAAAGCUGUAACAAGACCCACUCUUCUCUUCACCGAAACCUCUGUUUAUUUGCUGUAUUUUCAUCUCAACUUGUGCAUUAUGGGAAACGCCGCAACCGCCAAAAGAGGCAACGAACUAGAAAGUGUGAAAGAGUUCUUAGCCAAAGCCAAAGAUGACUUUUUAAGGAAAUGGGAUUGUCCACCCCAGAGCACAACGCGACUCGAUGACUUUGACAGACUGAAAACUCUUGGCACAGGCUCCUUCGGACGUGUUAUGCUGGUGAAGCAUCGCGCUACAGACAAGUACUAUGCAAUGAAGAUUCUGGACAAACAGAAAGUGGUGAAGUUGAAGCAGAUAGAGCACACCUUAAAUGAAAAGAAAAUAUUGCAAGCAGUGUCCUUCCCAUUUCUUGUACGACUGGAGUAUUCCUUCAAGGACAACUCCAAUUUGUACAUGGUGAUGGAGUAUGUUCCAGGUGGGGAGAUGUUCUCACACUUGAGGCGAAUUGGAAGGUUCAGUGAACAUCAUGCCAGGUUUUAUGCAGCACAGAUAGUCCUUACGUUUGAGUACCUCCACUCGUUAGACCUCAUCUAUAGAGACCUGAAACCUGAAAACCUUCUCAUCGACCAACAAGGAUACAUUCAGGUCACAGACUUUGGUUUUGCCAAAAGAGUAAAAGGUAGAACCUGGACCUUGUGUGGGACUCCAGAGUACUUGGCCCCAGAAAUAAUCCUUAGCAAGGGCUACAAUAAAGCUGUGGAUUGGUGGGCAUUAGGUGUUCUGAUCUAUGAGAUGGCAGCAGGAUACCCACCCUUCUUUGCUGACCAGCCCAUUCAGAUCUAUGAGAAAAUUGUGUCUGGCAAGGUACGAUUCCCCUCCCACUUUAGUUCAGACCUGAAGGACCUGCUUCGGAACCUGCUUCAAGUAGACCUGACAAAGCGCUUUGGAAACCUGAAGAACGGAGUCAAUGACAUCAAAAACCACAAGUGGUUUUCAACAACUGAUUGGAUUGCCAUCUAUGAGAGGAAGGUGGAGGCCCCCAUUAUACCAAAGUGCCGAGGACCAGGGGACACCAGCAACUUUGACGACUAUGAGGAGGAGGACAUUCGUAUCUCAGAUACUGAGAAAUGUGCUAAGGAAUUCCUUGAAUUUUAAAAUUUAAGAAUGAGCAGGACUCCAUUGGAAUUUGAGGUAUUUUGAUUUUGUUUAAUUUUGUUUUUAUGUUAGUUUAAUUUUAUUUUAUGUCAAGAUCAAGUUGAGACCAUCAUAUAUGUUCAGACAUAUGCCUACUUCCUUCCUUCAUUCCAUAAGGCUGAAUGAGAUCUUCAAUGCAAAGAUCUUUGUGUGGAUUUUGCACAGCCUAAUACCCAGGCAUAUUACGGAGAAGCUAACCUGGCUGCAACAAAAACCUUGUCUUUUUAUUGCUUUUUCAUAGACAUACCCAGUGGUAUUAUUAACCCCUUGAGAGAAAAAUAAGUAAUUGAAUUAGACACUGCAUCUGUGAACCACUCGAAUGAAAUGAUGCACAUGUGGCUUUCUGUUUUUGAAAUUACUUCACUUACAGCAUGGUGUUGCACAUUUUUUGAUGGGAAAUUGUAGUACAGAUUGUUUGUUUUCCAGCAUCAGUUGCCUGUUACAUAGUAGUACAUUUUUUUAUUAUUAUUUUAAUUUUAUAUAUUAUUAUUUUUGUUUGCACUUGUUACAGGACCAUCUGUCACAUUACCUUUAUUAUCAUUUUGCACUUUAUGUUUGUGUGUAUGUGUAUAGGUGUGUCUGUUGUAGGGGUGUAGUAUAUUAGAAGUUCCACAGUUCUAUAGUAUCACAGUACUUGAGCCAUUCUACUGGGCAUUUAAAAGAUGGGAUUUAUCAUG